UGCUGACUUCGCGAGCUGAGCCGAUUAUCGCCUUCUCGGCAGCUCCGAACAAACCACCAACUCCUCUCGCUAUUUCCUCCUUCAUUUCAAACUUGCCUUUCUUUCUUUAUUUCUCUCUCUCUCUCUCUCUCUCUCUUUCCUACGCAUUCCCGAUUGGCUUUGGAGCAAAAAGACGGCACGCACGAUGCCCUCCCUGGUUCCGAGGAAAAUAAUCCUCCCUUCAGCCUUGGCCCACGCUCCCUACGGCUACUGCACUCUGGUAAAGCAACGUUUCUUUAGGUGGCGUUCACUGCGAGGAAAGUAGGAAGCAGCAAGCGCACUGAACCGUUGCGAGCUCUUACGGCUACCGGAAACAGACCAUCGUCGUUUCUUCCUGAUAACCAGUUAUUAUCUAUGCAGCAUCAUCGCUCAGUAAAGCAGACACGAACGCCGCAGACGGCGCUGAUCACCUGGCAUCUUGGUGUCAGCGAGGACCGUUGACCGCACCCGUCAUGAGACCACCAUGCUCUCGCUGGUGCGUAUCGUGCUCGUUGCAGCCGCGUUCCUGCAGCUCCUGGGACCCGCGGCUUCUAACAAGAAUGGCUGCGCUCGGACCACCGUGGAAGAGCUUCGAGAACGUCUGGGACCGGCGUUCAACGCGCGCUACAUGUCCAUAGACAAGCCACCGAAGGACGAGGAACCCACACGCAUCUACGCCCGACACACGGAAUCCGUACUACAGAGCGACGACCCCUACGCCGUCAGCAGCCCGGACAACGCGCAGCUCGACCAGCGGGCACACCCGAGCUUUCGCGUAGACCCGGACUUUGUUCAAGACGUGGCGUUGAGCGCCGGUCACGCAAGUGGGUACGACGGGCCGCAGACCAGGGCGCGAAGGAACGAGGACGUCGUCGACGACGGAGAGUCGCACGGAGUGCCGAAGAAACGCCGCAAGUCGUCGUUGCGGCUUCGAAAGACGUCUCCCUGGAAGGGUCAUCGUGAGCUGGAAGAGAUGUCGGCCACGCCACAGCGACGCGGAGGCAUCCAGCGUGGAAACCGCGGACGUCGUCACGACGGCGCGAAGAAGCCCUGGGGCUGCGAGUCCCGCAUGGAGUGGCUCGACUUGGGCGAAGACCGCUUCCCGAGGUACCUGCGCACGGUGCGCUGCAUGGGCGAGGCAUGCUGGUUCACGCACUUCCAGUGCAAGGGCCGCGCCUUCACCGUCAACGUGCUAAGGCGCGUCGCCGCCCUGCCAGCGUGCGGAGGAGACGGACGCACCUCGUCCGAGAACUUGCCCGACGAUCUUCGCGAGAAAUGGGUCUUCGAAGAGCGUGCCGUCACGUUCUGCUGCGAUUGCACCGCAACGAGUGACGACUGACUUUUCGGCAGUGAGUGUGUGUGUGUGUGCGCGGUAUAAUCAUCUGACAACGUUGUUCUCAAAGCCAUGCCGCAAUCAUGACAGUGACACGGGGAUGUGCUUGCGCACAAUGCACUUCCCUAAGUAGUACGAUGCUGCCCAUAAAGUCACCUCGCAAGGUGCGUUGAACACUAUUCCGUUCACGCUUGUCUCCCAUUUUCUUUCUUUCGUGGUUGUCUCAGACCACACGCAGUUGGAUGGAAUAUGAGUGGCGAGAUACAACAUAGCCCCGCUCUACAUAUAACACUGGCCCAAACGCAGUUAAAUGAUAACUCCGGCGAUAGUUCGGGUGCAUGGAUCUGAACAAACUUUCUAUCGUUACAUCAUCCUGAGUACUUCGGUCACCUGCGUCAAACGGUGCGACUGAGUGUUGUUUACACGAACAGUUGACCACUCAGUAAAUCAGGAAAGUGCUGGCGGACUGUUCGCUUUUGUUCAAUGUAGGUUUAUUAUUUUUUUUUUUUUUCAACUACGAUCGGCAGGCACUUCUCGGACAUUCGGUUCGAACGUGAAGCCCUUCCAUUCGUAUACAGGGUGUCCCAGCUAUCACGCAGCACGAUUUAAAAAAAGAGGAACGGCGUUACGCGAAGCAAA